AACUCUAUAUCUAGCAUUUGUUUUCCAGUAGGAGUCGUUUGUGGCUGGACUGUUAAUUUAAGGGAAUAAGUGAGCCUGUAAUGGUAAAUUGUUCAUGUAACAAUUUGACAUUUACGCUCUGACCUUUUAAUUUAAAAACUGCACAAGCAUUCAUUUCAACUGGAUUAUGUAGACACGAUUUCCGAACAAGUGAAAAUGCUGAACACUACCCAUCUUUUUAGAGUCAGGUCCCUGUAUAAGAGGAUUUUACUGUUACACAAACUGCUGCCUGUUGACCUGAAAGCUUUGGGUGAUCGUUAUGUAAAGGACGAAUUUAAAAGAAACAAAACUGCCACCCAGCAGGACACUGAAAAUUUUAUGGCCGCAUGGGAGGAGUAUGCUGAUGUGUUGUAUUCUCAGGCUGUGGAAAAUGUAAAGGAUUCAACAAAAAAUGUAAAACUUGGAGCCAGUCUAACCCAGGAGAAGCUUGAUGCAAUGCGAGAUGAACAACUUGGGCAAUUAUAUGAACUGAUGCAGGAAACCAGGAAACUCAAUGUGCAGUUCAGCAUCGAAGAAGAUAAUAAACACAAAAAAUAAGUUUUGUAAAUAUUAAAGCCAACUAUAAAAUAAAUUUACAUAUUUCUUAAGUUAUUUUGUAAUUUUCUUAAAGAUGAAGGAUAAUAUUUAUAAGUAUUUUUACACAGUUGUUUAGUCACAGCUCCCAUGGGUGUGAGAGAAUGCUGAGUACUGCUGGUGGUCUAAGUCCAAAUGUAAUAUGAUAAAACAUGUAUGUAUAAUCUACACUGUAAAACUGUUAAUCUGUUGUUGAGAUCUGUAUAUGUUGCAAGUCUAGAUGGAUGUCGUGUAUAAAUCAUAUACAUACAGUCUGUGUUUGUAUAAAUCAGCUUAUCAGCACAAUUUACCAGACACUGCUGGACUGGGUAAAAGAAGGGAAAAUGUGUGUUAAUUGAUUAAAUAAGUGUUUGAAGAAAUUGAGAGGAAAAUAUUCAUUAAUAAUGUCAUGAUGUGCUAAUAUGAAAAGGAAUAUGGCAUGAAAUUAAUGUAUUUCCUUAAAAAAUCCAGAUCCAGCAACUGGUUGGAACAUGCCAAAUAAAGUAAUUUUGAUUUUA